CUUGGCGUAAGAAGGUUUUAUCCUCCAAAGAUUCGGAUGACGUGGAAAGGAGAUGGUUCAAGCAGCACCAAAUAUUCCAUGUCUCUAGCAGUGAGUGACCAAAUCUCCUCGGGCUCCUCUUUAGCUCUUCUUCUUCUUCCUGUUUUUCUCGCCGUCCAAAAAUCAAAUUUGUCGAAUUUUUGCUACAAUUUCAUAUUUCAGCGUAAACUUUUGAAGUUCGUGUUUGCUAGCGAGCCCAAACUGCCCUUUCUCUUUCUCUUCCUGCUGGAAGAAUGCCUCAAAGGAUUAAAGCAAAGCAGGUCUCUUCCUUUGAGUAUGAGCUUUUUGAAGGAGAUCCUGACCACCUUCGGACUGUUGUGGCUACACCUACUCAGACUAGACCAUGGAUUAAUCCUGCCUCGUUGAAACUUAAGCAUAGGAUAGGGCGGGGCCCUUUUGGUGAUGUUUGGCUGGCUACUCAUCAUCAGUCAGGAGAUGAUUUUGAUGAGUAUCAUGAAGUUGCUGUUAAGAUGUUGCACCCAUUGAAGGAGGAGCAUAUGCAAAAGUUUCUUGAUAAGUUUGAAGAGAUAUUCUUGAAGUGUCGAGAGCUCCAAGGUGUUUGCUGGUUGCAUGGUGUCUCUAUUAUAAAUGGAAAGAUCUGCAUUGCUAUGAAGUUUUACGAAGGAUCUGUGGGUGAUCAAAUGGCUCGAUCAAAAGGAGGCAAGCUCUCAUUGCCUGAUAUCUUAAGGUAUGGGAUCCAGUUAGCAAGAGGUCUCAUCGAGUUACACUCAAUAGGGUUGUUAGUGCUCAACCUGAAGCCUACCAACUUCCUUCUAAAUGAACACGAUCAAUUAGCUCUGGGGGAUUUUGGAAUCCCAUAUCUACUUCUUGGGAUUCCGUUGGCUGACUCUGAUAUGGCACUUAAGCUUGGUACUUCUAACUACAUGGCUCCAGAGCAGUGGGAACCUGAAGUAAGAGGCCCUUUAUCCUUGGAGACUGACAUUUGGGGAUUUGGGUGUAGUGUGGUGGAGAUGUUGACUGGUGUUCCACCGUGGUUUGGAAAAUCAAUUGAAGAAAUAUAUUAUUCGGUUGUGAUUAAGAAAGAAAAACCAUGUUAUCCAAGUGGCUUGCCUCUCGCUGUUGAGAAUGUUAUCAAUGGUUGCUUUCAGUAUGAUCUCAGAAACCGACCGUUAGUUUCAGAUAUUUUACUUGCCUUUGAAAGUGAUGGAGGAUGGAUUGGCCUUGGAAGCCUACCAAUCAAGGAAAAAGCAAUUGUCAGUGGUUACACCACAUGGUAUCUCUCAAAGGAUCGCCUUCAAGUGGGUGACAUGGUUCGCUCAAGGAGACCUCUAAAUGCUCGCAGACCUCAAACCUUGGAUGUUCGAGAAGGAACUGUUGUUGGUUUAGAUGGGGAUGCUGAUAAGAAUGGCUUUGUUCUGGUGAAAAUUCCUGGAAUGCAUAACCAUUUGAGAGUACAGGAGUCAACACUUGAGAGGGUCACAUCCGGUUUAGCAGUGGGGGACUGGGUGUGCUUGAAAAAGGAAAACCAGAGUCAUUCCCCUGUGGGAAUACUACAUUUAGUGCAGCGUGAUGGAACCGUCGAAGUUGGAUUUUUAGGAUUAGAGACACUGUGGAUGGGAAAGUCUUCUCAGCUUCAAAUGGUUAAAGCUUAUUAUGUGGGGCAGUUUGUGAGGCUUAAGGCAACUGUGUUUACUUCUCGGUUUGAAUGGCCACGGAAGAGGGGAGGAACAUGGGCCACUGGGAGAGUUUCAGAGGUGCUUCCAAAUGGGUGUCUUGUUGUAGAGUUUCCAGGUAGAUUUGUUCUUGGAAAUGAACCCAACAGAUUUUUAGCUGACCCUGCUGAAGUGGAAUCUGUGUCUUUUGAUACAUGUCCUGGUGUGGUGGAGAAAUAUCAACAUGUUGAGGAUUUUCACUGGGCUGUGAGGCCACUAGCAAUUGCCCUUGGUCUAUUUACAGCUAUGAGGUUCACUCUAUCUGUUGGAUGCAGUGUAAGGGCAAGACUAAAGAAAGGCCAGCAAAAUAGCCAGGAUGGUCCUGCUGGCAGUAAAUCAGGUUGGAGGCAGAAAAUCUUCAGAGAUGGAGUUAUCACUGCUGGUUCCACGAGGUAAUCCUACCAUUAGGUGAGUUUGCUGGAAUCUAUAGCCAGGAGAUAAAGGUUAAAACCAGGAAACAACUUUUCAGACUGUGAUGGCUUCAACUUAUACGCUAUUAGUAAGUAACGUUGACGAAGCAAAGCAUUAUGCAUAAAUAAAGCUGUCAAUGACUAGAAGACAUUAGUGUAAAUAUAUGUACAGAAUAUGUUUAAAAUUGGCUUAAUAUUUAUUCCUUCUCAUAUGAGCUUGAUAUUGACCAUUCUGGUGUGAUAAGCAGAAUAUUAACGUUUAUUUGUACUUGGAUCACAUAAACUCAAAUAAGACUUUUUUUCCUUAUA